UUUCAAAUCACACAUGUAUUCCAAGUAUCGCGGGAGUGAUCAAUCAAUCACAAUCAACAAAGCGAAGAGAUGAAUGCGUAAAAAGAGCCAACCUUUGCUGAACUGCCAGCUUUGUUUCGAUGCCACGAAGACGACAAUGGUGAUUGUUCACCGCUCUAAACACCGGAUUACCGCGAAUACAGAUGAGAUGUAGGCCUGUUCUAUAUGCUUAUGUUGCUGCGUUAGUCUGUGUUCAUAUCCUCAGCGCAGCAGAUGCUUUCAAUCUCCUCAACAGCACAAUAUUUACAUAUAUAUCAAAAGUAUAGUAUAAGUUUGUUUUUAUUUUGCGUAUUUCUUUAUUUUAGUCAAAGAAGUUAAAGACAAUGGUUGUGGAAUAAACUGGUUCAGCUUAGCCAAAUCACCGACAGAUUCAGAGUUUAAAAAAGGCGGACUUUAGGACCAUGCAAGCAGACAAUGUGAGAAUCACAUGAUGGUGAUUUUCAAAGCAGAGACAUUAAAUCAACGGAGAGGAGCCUACUUGUAACUGUAGCGGGUCACAUCAUGGGGUAAUUUGAAUUACCGACCCUAACAAGGCGAUUUUUAAAUAGUCUAUGUAACGGGCCGUUGCUGUCAUUGUAUCAACGUAAUGGCAAGUUGAUCAGAGAGUGUUUCAGUUCGUCCACCAUGUGCGUUAUGAAUUCAAAAGUUUUUUUCGCUAUCGUUUGCCUUACCUCCGUCCACCUGGCAAGUGAGACCGUUGCGGCGUCCGAGUCACGUUCUUUCUCAAUCGACUACACGAACAACUGUUUCCUCAAGGAUGGAAAGCCGUUCCAGUACGUCUCCGGCAGCAUCCACUACUCUCGUAUCCCACGGUACUACUGGAAGGAUCGACUUCUCAAGAUGUACAUGGCCGGACUCAACGCAAUUCAAGUCUACGUGCCGUGGAACUUCCACGAGCCUGUGCAAGGUGUGUACGGCUUCGAAGGUGACCGGGACCUGGAGCACUUCCUCGGCCUCGCCAACCAGACGGGCCUGUUGGUGAUUCUGCGUCCUGGCCCGUACAUCUGCGCAGAGUGGGAGAUGGGUGGUUUGCCUGCAUGGUUGCUGGAGAAGCCAAACAUCAUCCUGCGGUCAUCUGACACAGACUACCUGCAGGCGGUGAGCAGCUGGUUGGCCAUGCUUCUGCCCAGGAUGGGGCGCUGGCUAUACAGCCGAGGAGGCAACAUCAUCUCUGUGCAGGUGGAGAAUGAGUACGGGAGCUACUUCGCCUGCGACUACAACUACCUGCGUCACCUGCGCACCCUCUUCCAGAGCUUCCUGGGCGAGGAGACGCUGCUCUUCACCACGGACGGGAACACGGACCGCGAGAUGAUCUGCGGUACCCUGCAGGGCAUCUAUGCCACCAUAGACUUUGGCACCGACAACAACAUCACUGAUGCUUUCAAGCGCCAGAGGAGGUUUGAACCCAGUGGCCCACUGGUGAACUCUGAGUUCUACACGGGCUGGCUGGACCACUGGGGGGACGGACACGCCUCCGUGGACUCCCAGAGGGUCAGCAAGAUGCUGGAGGAGAUGCUGGCCAUGGGGGCCAGUGUCAACAUGUAUAUGUUUGAAGGAGGAACAAACUUUGGCUACUGGAAUGGUGCGGACCAUGACUCCAGGUACCGCUCUGUGGUGACUAGUUACGACUACAACGCCCCGAUGACCGAAGCUGGGGACCCCACGGAGAAACUCCUGGCCAUCCGAGAGGUCAUCAGAAAGUUUCGGGAAGUUCCUGAGGGCCCCAUGCCUCCAGCCACCCCCAAGAUGGCGUACGGCUUUGUGAAGCUUCAGAAGGUGGGGAACGUCAGUGGCUUGCUGGAUGUCUUGACCCCCCAGGGCCCGGUGCAUUCCCACUACCCCAUCUCAUUUGAGGAGAUAAAACACUAUUAUGGAUUUGUGCUGUAUCAAACCAAGCUGCCCCAGAGCAUUCCGGAAGGACAGCCUCUCAUCUCACCCCUAAAUGGCAUCCACGACCGCGCUUACGUCUCUGUCAACGGGGUGUACCAGGGUCUGCUGCAGCGGGACACGACGCUGGUGAUGAACGUGACUGGUCAGGAGGGGGACCUGCUGGAGGUCCUGGUGGAGAACAUGGGCCGGGUCAACUUCGGCAGCCACAUCCACGACAGCAAGGGCAUCCUGGGAGAGCUCAUUCUGGGGAAGAACGUGCUCUCCGAUUGGCUGAUCUUCCCCCUGGACAUCGACGGAGCCAUCUCCAGUGGGUGGCCCCACUCCGGGCGCCGUGGGCGGCCCUCGCCCCCAGAGACGGGGCAGGGCGGCGGGACGGGACCGGCCGUCUACAUGGGCACCCUCCCACCCAAUGGCCUGGCCUGGGACACCUACCUCAAACUCACCGGCUGGACCAAGGGUCAGGUGUGGAUUAACGGGGUGAAUCUGGGCCGGUACUGGCCCUCGCGUGGGCCCCAGCAGACGCUCUAUGUGCCGGGGCCCCUGCUCAGCACGACCCGGCCCAAUAACAUCACCGUGCUGGAGCUGGAGGGGGCCCCCACACACCCCCGCGUGCUGUUCAUGGACCGGCCCCAACUCAACAUCACUGCAGGGAGAUCCUAAACACACACACACACACACACACACACUCUUCAUAGACCGGCCGCAACUCAACAUCACUGCAGGGAGAUCAUAAACACACACACACACACACACACACACACACUCUUCAUGGACCGGCCGCAACUCAACAUCACUGCAGGGAGAUCCUAAACACACACACACACACACACACACACACUCUUCAUGAACCGGCCGCAACUCAACAUCACUGUAGGGAGAUC